AUGACUAUAAUUUCGUCGGCAUUCCUGAAACAGUUGUGGCUCACGUUUGGGGCAUCUCUGGCAUUCUUAAUCAUCGGCCUGGUGAGGGGCUACUCAGCGUCCGCUAUACCGUCAAUUGAAGCUAACGACCCUUCUCUCAUUCAGCACAGCGAGCAGAAGUCAUGGAUUGGAGCAAUCCCACCGUUGGGGGCGUUCGUGGGCAGCAUGUUGUCCGGCCCCCUGAUGCAGAAGGCAGGCCGUAGACGCACCCUGCAGCUCACGGCACCAUUGUGGGCAGGAGGUUGGCUGUUGCUGGGAUUCGCGCCAGGUUUCGCGCUUAUACUGGUUGGCAGAUUCCUGUCUGGUCUCUGCGUCGGUUUCGUCCUAGCCCCCGCACAAGUUUACGUAAGCGAAUGCUGUGAUCCUGAGAUCCGUGGCAGGUUAGGUUCGCUGCCCACGCUAUCCAUGUCGCUGGGCAUCCUGAUAUCUUAUGUCGCUGGCAAUUGGCUCUACUGGAGGCACCUCGCCUUCCUUUCGGCCACUUUCUGCGCGGCCUUGUUCAUAAUUCUGCUGCCUCUGCCGGAGUCGCCGGUGUGGUUGAAGUCGCGCGGGCUGGAUGCUGAACCGGCUAUCAAUUGGUUGCAGUUAUCAAGUCGUGCUGUUGCGGUUGCGAAAGAUGAGGAAGAGCGUCCUGAAAAAAGUAUGGAGGUAGAACCUAAGAGCCUAUUCACGCGCGAGGUAUUUUGCUCGUCCGCCGUGAUGAAGCCCCUCAUUGUGGGUUUCGCACUUCUUAUAUUCCAGCAGUUCAGCGGUAUUGAUGCUGUCAUAUUCUUCACCGUAGAGAUAUUCCAGAGUGCAGGAAGCAAACUAGAUGCAAUGACAGCAACGAUAGUGGUGGGAACGGUGCAGUUGCUAAGCAACGGCGUGAGCACGAUGCUGGUGGAUAGAGCAGGACGGCGGCCUCUGCUAUUACUGUCUGCUGUCACGAUGUGCGCAUCCAUGGCGGCGAUGGGUGCUGCCUUCUACUUCCAGUUCGAAGCUGAAUCCUGGCUUGGGUACCUGCCGAUCGUGAGCCUAGUGGUAUUCAUGCUUGGUUUCUCUCUUGGGUUCGGAGGUCUACCGUUUCUCCUGCUCGGGGAGCUUUUCCCCGCUCACUACCGCUCCCAGUUAUCCGCAAUGGCAAGCGCUGUUAAUCUUCUCUCUAUGUUCACCGUCAUCAAGUCGUAUCACGCUCUAGAGGGUGUGCUGACGUCAGCAGGGACGUUUUGGAUGUACUCCUGUUUUUGCUUCUUGGCGUUCAUUUUUGUAGUCUUCAUGGUCCCUGAAACGAAAGGGAAGUCGCUGGCGGAGAUAGAAGAGCACUUCCGCGGUAAAAAGAAACAGAAGGAAGUAGUACAAUUGCAGACGAUAUCG